CGUCUCACUUCUUCUUCUUCUUCUUCCUAUCCUUCCUUGUCAUUCUCUUCUCCUCUCUUCUUCUUCUUUUUAUUUUUAGCAUUCCAACUCCAUUCUCUUUCUUGCUCAAAACUCAUUUCUUAAAACAGAUCUAAUUCAUUUCCCUCAUGUGGCGCCGAAUCCCCGCGACCGGUGCUAGACAUGCCACCAACUCUUCUUUCCGUAGAAAGGCCGUCUAUGCCACUGCAGGUGCCACCUCCUUGGCCCUUGCUAGCUAUUACUAUGACUUGAAGCGCAACAGGAGAUCUUUUGAUGACGACUUUGAAUAUCCGCCUCAUUCCUCCAUGGUCUAUCUUGAGUCCCAACAGAGCACCAGAGACCCUACUCGACCUCAUGCCUUCUGGGCCCCUCCUUCACGCGAGGAAAUGAUCAGGAUGCUUCAGGAAGGCCCUGGUGCCAUUAAGGAUAUCAUGGCUGCUAAGAAUAAAGCUAUAGCAGCAUCAUCGUCAUCAUCACCAUCAUCGCAGUCAUCAACAUCAACAUCUGUCGCAACAAAAACGGACGCGUCGCCUACUGCAGCUGAAUCGGACUCGGACGUGUUUGAUCUGCUUAUCAUUGGAGGCGGUGCCACUGGUGCUGGAUGUGCUGUGGAUGCAGCAACUCGUGGGUUGAAGGUAGCCAUGGUUGAACGCGACGAUUUUUCUUCAGGAACGUCAUCCAGAUCAACCAAGCUCGUUCAUGGUGGUGUCCGUUAUUUAGAAAAGGCUGUUCGUGAGUUGGAUUAUGAGCAGUAUAAGCUUGUCAAGGAAGCAUUGAAUGAGCGUGCCAACUUUUUGAAGAUUGCACCUUAUCUGAGCUAUCAAUUGCCUAUCAUGUUACCCAUCUACAAAUGGUGGCAGGUACCUUACUACUGGGCUGGAUCCAAGGCAUAUGAUUUGCUUGCAGGUCACCAAGGCAUGGAAAGCAGUUAUUUCUUAAGCAGAGGCAAGGCCCUGGAGGCAUUCCCAAUGCUCAAGAAUGAAAAGUUGGUCGGAGCCAUGGUCUAUUACGAUGGUCAGCACAAUGAUUCCCGUAUGAACGUCGCCCUUGGAUUGACCGCUGUUCAAUAUGGUGCUGUCAUUGCAAAUCACGUUGAAGUCAUUGAGCUUCAUAAGGAUUCCAACAAGCAAUUGUGUGGAGCCCGUGUCAGGGAUACUAUGACCGGCAAGGAAUUCAAUGUCAAGGCGAAGGGCAUCAUCAACGCCACCGGACCCUUCACUGAUGGCAUUCGUCAGAUGGAUGAUCCUUCGAUUCAAACUAUCGUCUCGCCUUCUGCAGGAGUUCAUAUCAUUCUUCCCAACUACUACAGUCCUGGAACUAUGGGUCUUUUGGACCCUGCCACUAGUGAUGGGCGUGUCAUUUUCUUCUUGCCUUGGCAAGGAAAUACUAUUGCAGGCACGACAGACUCUGCAACAAAGGUGACCCAAAACCCAAUGGCGACAGAGGAAGAGAUCAACUGGAUUUUGGGAGAAGUCAAGAACUACCUGAACCCAGAUGUCAAGGUCCGUCGAGGAGAUGUUUUGGCUGCCUGGUCUGGCAUCCGUCCAUUGGUCCGUGACCCCGCUGCCAAGAGUACUGAGGGUCUAGUUCGCAACCAUAUGAUCAACAUCAGCAAGAGCGGUCUGCUGACCAUUGCAGGCGGCAAGUGGACAACUUACCGCGCAAUGGCUGCCGAGACCAUCGACGAGGCCAUCAAACACUUUAAUUUGAAGCCUACACGAGAGUGCUCGACCGAGCGCGUCAAGUUGAUCGGUUCCCACGGAUACAGCAAGACAAUGUUUAUCCGUCUGAUCCAACAGUUUGGUUUGGAGACAGAGAUUGCUCAACACCUUGCAAACAGCUAUGGUGACCGUGCCUGGGCAGUUGCCUCGCUCGCACAGUCUACUGGGAAGCGCUGGCCCGUCUUUGGAAGAAGGGUCUCGCCGCAGUAUCCUUAUAUCGAGGCCGAGAUUCGCUAUGCAGUCCGUCGCGAAUAUGCUUGCACAGCUGUUGAUGUCCUGGCUCGCCGUCUGCGCCUCGCCUUCUUGAACGUGCACGCAGCUUUGGAGGCUCUCCCCAGGGUUGUUGAGAUUAUGGCUGAUGAGCUGAAAUGGGACCAAGCCCGUCAAUUGAAAGAGACGGAGGAAGCCAAGAAGUUCUUGACCACCAUGGGUCUUCCUGUUAGUCCCAUUGCAUAUCCUACCAAUGUACCUGAUGCUGUCAUUGGUCACCCAGGCGCAAUCGGCAAUGUCGAGAAGCGUGAGGCCAAGGGCUUCUGGGGCGGAGGCAAGUCCUCAGGAUCGUCCGUCACCGAUAGCUUCUACUCACGUGCUCAGUUCAACCCAGAAGAAUUGGCAGAAUUCCACAAGGUCUUUGGAGCUUUGGAUUAUGAUGGCGAUGGCCACAUUGAUGGCAAAGAUCUCGGCGUAAUCCUGAGAAACCUGGACAUGGAUGUUGAUGCACAAGUGUUGAAUAACAUCAUCAGUGAGGUUGAUUUAGAUAACUCUGGAUCGAUCGAGUUCAACGAAUUCCUGGAAGUGAUGGGUGGAUUGAAGGAACAUGCUAGCCGAACAGCCUUCUCCAAUAUUAUUGUUGAGGUUGAACAUAAGAGAGCAAUUGAUUAUGGUAUCAAGGCCAAGACCACUGAUCGUAGUGGAGGUGGAGCAUAAAGUUGACAGACUUGUUUGUUUUUACUAUUAUUAUUAUUAUUACUAUUACUAUCGCUAUUAGCACGUAUUUUUCAUCCACCUUUUCCUUUCACACUUUCAUCUCCUCUCGUACCAUUAUUAUACUCAUGUCUCUCUUUUUUUUUUUCUUUCCUUCCCAUCCUCGAAAUAUAAUGAUAAUUACCUG